AUGAAUGAGGAAAUGGGCAACUGUAAAGAGGCAAAUACCUUCUCUUUAGUUCCUCCCACUCAUGAUAUGCACGUCUUAGGCUCCAAAUGGGUGUUUCGAGUUAAACUUAAUGAAGAUGGCUCAUUAGACAAAUUUCAAGCCAGACUGGUGGCUCAAGGGUUCAAACAAGAAGAAGGUAUUGAUUACCUUGAGACCUACAGUCCUGUAGUAAGAACAGCAACAGUUAGAGCAGUUCUUCACUUUGCAACAACAAUGAACUGGGAGAUUAAGCAAAUGGAUGUUAAAAAUGCCUUUCUUCAUGGUGAUCUAACUGAAACUGUCUACAUGAAGCAACCAGCAGGAUUUGUUGAUGAACAGUAUCCAGAUCAUGUUUGUCUCCUCCACAAAUCUCUUUAUGGUCUAAAACAAUCACCAAGGGCCUGGUUUGACAAAUUCAGUAACUUCCUGCUUGAAUUCGGUUUCACCUGUAGCUUGAGGGAUCCUUCUUUAUUUGUCUGCUUUAAAGGCAAGAAUGUCAUCAUGCUACUUCUUUACGUUGAUGACAUGGCCAUUACAGGAAACUCUUCUGAGCUGCUCCAAGACCUCCUCGAACAGUUAAACACACAAUUUCGAAUGAAGGAUCUUGGCAAGCUCCGUUAUUUCCUUGGUAUUCAAAUCCAGUAUCAUGACGGAGGAAUGUUCCUAUCGCAGCAAAAAUAUGCUGAAGACCUUAUCCGACUUCAACUCCUCAAGCGUAUUCUCCGAUACAUCAAAGGAACCACUACUAUGGGAAUCUCCUUUGACAAAUACUUAGACUCCAACCUUACAACCUACAGUGAUAGUGACUACGCAGGAUGUGAGAAAUCUAGUCGCUCCACUGGCGGAUUCUGCACAUUCCUCGGUCGCAACAUGAUCUCUUGGUCAUCACGAAAGCAAGAGACAGUCUCCAAGAGCUCCACUGAAGCUGAAUACAGAGCAAUGUCUGAGGCUGCCUCUGAAAUCACAUGGUUUGUCAAUUUACUUCAAGACUUGGGAGUAAAACUGACAGCUACACCAGAACUCUUCUGCGAUAAUCUCUCGGCUGUCUAUAUUACCGCGAAUCCAAGCUUCCAUGCUCGCACCAAACAUUUCGCCACACAUUAUUACUAUGUUCGUGAACAGGUUGCUUUUGGAAACAUCAUUGUGAACCAUAUCUCUGCAGACUAUCAGCUCGCGGACAUAUUCACCAAGUCUCUUCCUCAAAGACCCUUCGAGAUUCUUAGGCUCAAAAUUGGCGUUGGCUUACCACCUACUCCAAGUUUGCGGGGUAGUGUGAAGAAAUGUGUCCAAAACGACACAGCUUUGCAAAAAGGAUUAUUGGGACCAAGGCCCAACACUUUUCCUAAGCCCACAUCUACUCAACGGAUACCUGCCAAACACGACAAAGAAAUAAGAAAAACGUCACCUGCAGAUUGUACGGCAUUGCCAACCAAGAACCAAUUUGCCGUCCUUGAACCAUGUGAUGAAAAUGACGCCACCUAA